GCAAGAUCUCUUUGCAUUAGGCUCUUACUGCCUCAUUAUGUCAUUUGGCUAAUCGGGGCUCAUAUCUCUAUCUUUUUAAUAUCCGAUACAGCUUCUACAGCAACAAAUCGAUCGCCAUGGGCAAGCGGUGGUACAAGACCGACCGCGCGCAAGACUUUGAUCAUGAACAGGAUCGUCAGGUUCGGAUGCGCCAGGUCUAUGAGACCAUCGACCGACAAGCAUUCCAAUGGAUCGUCGUCUUUGUCGCCGGUGUCGGCUUCUUCCUCGACGGCUACACACUCUUUGCAAGCAACAUGGCUUUCCCGAUGAUCUCCUACGUCUACUGGCGCGACCAACUAUCGUCUAUGCAUGUCACCUGCAUUAAUAUUGCUACACUUGCCGGCACACUCUUUGGGCAGGUUCUAUUCGGGUAUUUGGCAGAUCGUUACGGACGGAAAAAGAUGUACGGGCUGGAGCUGAUCCUGAUGAUCACAUCCACCCUGGGGGUCGUGAUGGCCUCCCGGGGCGAGAACGGCAGCAUGAGCGUCUACGCAUGGUUGCUCUGGUGGCGAAUCAUUGUUGGAACUGGGGUAGGAGCUGACUAUCCACUGAGCGCGGUCAUUACGUCUGAGUUUGCGCCGACCAAGCACCGUGCACGCAUGAUGGCUUCGGUUUUCUUCAUGCAACCUCUUGGACAGAUUGCCGGGAACAUCAUCGCCAUCAUCAUUAUCACUGUCAGUCGCAAGCAGGGCAACGCGGAUCUCACUCGCACGGUCGACAUCAUGUGGCGCUGGGUUAUCGGCAUCGGAGUCAUCCCGGGCGCCAUUGCGACCUUGUUUCGUUUCGUGAUCCCGGAGUCUCCUCGUUUCGUGCUCGAGAUUGACGACGACCCUGUUCAGGCUGAGUUCGAUGCCACCACUUUGUUCGACGACUUCCACGCCAGCUCUCCGUCCACACUGACUGGAUCUUCUCCAUCCGGCGGGGACUUUGCAAGCUGGCACAACUUCUCAAUUCCCGGCAUCUCGCUCACUACGAUCACCGCUGGGGAGAAUGACGAAGACGACGAUGAUCAUGAAACUCAGCGCUCUCCCUCCCAGACCGAGAUCCUGCAACCUGCCACUCUAAACUCCCACUGGCACCUGACUCGCCGGGAUAUUCGCCAGUAUUUCUGGAUCGAAGGAAACUGGCGCACCCUUGCCGCCACCAGUCUUGCCUGGUUCUUCCUGGACUUCAGCUUCUACGGGAUCAGUCUCUCCAGCCCGCAGUUCCUGGCCAAAACGUGGGGCUCCCUUCACCUCGAUUCCUCCGCCCCUUACUGGAAAACCGACGACCGCCCCGGUGCGAGUGUUUACAACAUGCUCCUCGCCAGCUCCACCCACGCACUCGUUAUCCUCAACAGCGGCAGUUUCCUCGGUGGAAUCCUUCUCAUCAUGCUGAUUCACAAACUCGACCGCACUGCCUUACAGAAAUACAUGUUCCUCGCGCUGGCCGCGCUUUUCAUCGCCCUCGGCACCAUGUACAUCACCGUGCACCAAGAAGGAGCCUCCGCCAUAACCCUCUACAUCAUCGGCCAAACCUUCUUCAACUUCGGCCCCAACGCAACCACGUACAUCAUCCCCGCCGAGAUCUUCCCGACGCGCUACCGCGCCACCUGCCACGGCAUCAGCGCCGGCGCCGGCAAGCUCGGCUCCAUCCUCGUCCAAGUGUUCUCAGCGUACUACAACUUCGGCACCGGCGAGGGCGACGGCCCGACCAUCCGCCACGGCUGGAUCCUGAUCCUGUUCAGCGUGUGCAUGAUCCUCGGCGCCGCCGUCACCCACUUCUGGAUCCCGCCCGUGCAGCGCGGCGCCACCUCCUCCUCCGAUUCAUCGGCAUCUUCGUCACGCGGAAAGCUCUGGGGCGGCCGGACCGAGACCCUGGAGACGUUGGCGCUGGGCCGGUGCGGGUGGAAGAGUCGGUAUGCGGCCAAGGCGGCGGGCCUGGGCGGGUCGGCGGAUGUGCCCAGGAAUCGGAUCCGUGUGCGGCAGAGGGUGGUUGUCACGUAGGUUAGGUAGGUGUUUGGGGUGGACUUUCGCUUAUUGUGUCAUUCUUUUCCUUGUCUCGAGACACUCCUUACUCUCUCUUUUUGUUUCUGUUCUUGUACAUACUUAUUCAUACCCCG